CGAUUCUCUUUUUUUUUUAUUUGUCGGAAUUUCUCAGCUUUAACCUUGAUUAACCACUCUCAUUCCAUUCUCACCGUAACUUGACCAGGAGUAGAAGUAGACUUUUCUCUUGGAAAUGAGCAAAUUCAGCUGGCUACGCCUGUGUCGGCGAUAUUUGUGGUCGUCCAUGGCUGCCGAGUCUCGCACUGAACUAGGACUCGGUGGAGUUUGCUCAUUGCACCAGUUGUUGUUUCGUGGACCAGCUUUGCAAUGUUGUUCUGUGAAUGGAGGACCUGCAAAUUUGGCUACCUCGUUGGGAAGACGUUAUUUCCAUGCCUCAGGGUUCUAUUGCUCCCCUUCGAAAGAUUAUUAUGAGAUUCUAGGUGUUCCUCAGAAUGCCAGUCGAGAUGAGAUUAAAAAGGCUUUUCAUGCUCUUGCAAAGAAGUAUCAUCCAGAUGCAAAUAAAAAUGAUCCUUUUUCAAAAAGAAGAUUUCAGGAGAUAAGAGAUGCCUACGAGACAUUGCGAGAUUCUGAAAAGAGGGCGCAGUAUGACAAGACACGAGCGACUGGCUCAGAAAAUGUAGAACAUGAUGCUGGUGAUGCGAAGGGGUUUGGAUAUCAUCAUCAAACAGGGUUUGGAUUUAAUCAAGCCCAUUUCUCUGAGACAUUUAAAACAGUAUUCUCGGAGAUUUUUGAAGAUGAAUUUGUCCGUCCUGCUUCUGAUAUUAAGGUGGAAUUGACUCUUUCGUUUUCCGAAGCCGUUCAAGGAUGCACAAGGGUUUUAUCUUUUGAUGCAUAUGUUCCUUGUGAUUCUUGCUAUGGGCGUGGGUAUCCGUUAGAUGCCAAGAGAAAAGUUUGUCCUACUUGCCGAGGUAUUGGGAGAGUAACAAUUCCUCCAUUUACAACAACAUGCAGUACUUGCAAAGGAUCAGGCCAAAUAAUCAAGGAACUUUGUAUGUCAUGCAGAGGUUCAGGGGUGGUUGAAGGUGUUAAAGAUGUCAAAGUUACAAUACCAGCAGGUGUCGAUUCUGGAGAUACAAUACGUGUACCAGACGCUGGAAAUACUGGCAGACUAGGAAGCCAAUCUGGAUGCUUAUACAUUAAACUAAAGGUUGCUGAAGAUCCAACUUUUGCUAGAGAAGGGGCAGAUGUUUACGUGGAUUCUAAUAUUAGCUUUACACAAGCUAUCCUUGGUGGUAAGGUUGAGGUACCUACUUUGUCUGGGAAGACACAAGUAAAAAUACCCAAGGGAGUUCAACCUGGACAACUUCUGGUACUAAGAGGCAAAGGACUACCAAAGCAUGGUUUUCUUCUUGACCAUGGAGAUCAAUAUGUGCGCUUCCGUGUCAACUUCCCCACCAGUGCUAUAAACGAACGCCAGCGUGCCAUCCUGGAAGAAUUUGCAAAGGAAGAAAUAAUUGAUGGACACAAUAGUUCAAAUGGAGUAAAUUGGCUUUAUCAGCAGAUAUGUACUGGUUGAACUUACAGGUUGCAGCAACUAUUCGAACGCUUUACAGAUCCAAAGUUUGUGCUUGAACUAUCUAUAUUUGUAUUGAUUCUUCUUUUCCUGAGCAAAACCAUGGGCUGAGAAUGCUGGUCGAGGUAAUUUUGAUGGAGAUACCUGGACCAAUUAUCAAUGGUAACGGGAUACUUUAUUUAUCAUCCUCGGGAGUUCUAAUAAGGUAAGUCAUCGAUCCUCGUUCAUAAUCAUCAGUAAUUUCCCUGCUUUUUUAAUUCAUUAGCAGGAAUUCCGAUGUUUGCUGGAGAAUUGUUUAUCUUUUUGGUUUUAGUUUAGUCCUGUGUUUGUUUGCCCGUGAUUUUGUGUGCAGAAAAAAGGUUCUUUUUCCAAUAUAAUGAAUUGAAGAUAAUUUCUGUUCAAUCACCUGACUUGCACCUUUGCCUUGAGUUUUUUUAGAGCUAUUGCCUUUGGUGAAAUGUUUCAGAUGAAGAGUGCAUGAAGAGUGCUCUUCUUCCCCAGAGGAAUCAAAAGACAUUUAAAGAAUUUUGUUGCUAAAGCAUUUUUGAUAAUUUGUCAUUCUUCAUUGAAGUUCCACUGAAAAUUAGUAAGCUAGUAGAAGUUGUAGUUUUGAUUGUAUUUGACAGGUCUUGUACAAUGAAACUAUAAAAUUUUCAAUUUAAAACAAUUUUAAAUAUUCUUUUGUUAGGUCUACCCUAUGCUUGAUAAUCACAUAAUAAUCUACCUUGUUUUUAGCCAGUUGUGAUUGUGGUUGAAUUAGACCUCUACUUGAAAAGAGAAAAUUACAUUCCCGCACUGCUUGCCAACCAUCAAACAGUACCAGAUAUAGUAGAGAUAGAGGAGGUCACUGCUCUAACCAAACAAGAGAGAUCAAGUUACGGCCAACAUCAAUGCUUUUAUGCAGCCUACCAGAUUAUGCAAUAUACUAAAAUUACGAUAACUGCCUACCGCCCGAUCCUUUAUCUUCACAUUCUAUUACUCGACUCAACUGUGCAAGUCAAACUGCUUUAGGACUUGGGGAUGCAUGUAAUAACAUUCUUUUCUGGAUGUAGGUCAGAUAUACUUUGCUGGUCUUUUUUUUUUUUUUUUGGCGUUAACAAUUCCUUAUAUCUGGGGAGACGCAUUUUUCUACCAAAAACAAGAUGGGAGUAAUAGCAAACGAAACAAAACAUUCAAUUA